AUGUCGUUUCUUCGAGUAGCGCUCGCGGUCCUGGCUGUAGCCACUCUUGCUUACGCCAGAAAUCUGGGACCUGGCCUACUCCCCGAUUCUUCGAUCCCACAGGCCUGCGAUGGAGGUAUUCAAGCGAUUAUCGGGCAACUGAACAUUUCCCUUGUUGACAUCAUCGACGAUCUCAUCGGAGGAAGUUCCCGGGGACUGGUGGAUCAGCUUCCUUCCCAGCUCGUCACUCACCUGAGGGAGGAGCUGGAGGAGGCGAAGAGAAGCCCUAUGGAUGAAAAGGCACUGAAGAUGCUUAAGGACCAGAUCCGUAGAGGUGAACUACCUGACUUUGACAUGCCGAUAUUCUUUGGUGAACAAAUCGACGCUCUAAUAGAGAAACUGAAGCAGCUGUUGAAGGAAAUUUUAGCUGACCUUACGUUGAACAUGCUGUUCCGUUGCUAUGACGACUACGGAUGCUUCACCAAGAUUGGAUGGUAUUCAAGAUGUCGGAUGAUCAACCAGUUCCCAGACGCACCUAGAGAAGUCGAUGUCCAAUACAAACUGUACACAAGGGCCAACCUGCCAGACCCCACGGUCGGCAAUGCUCAGGUGUUUCGUUGGAGCGAGCCGGAGAAGAUCAAGGAAUCGUUUUUCAAUCCGAAGAAGGAAACUAAGAUUCUGAUCCACGGAUUUAGGCAGGCUACUUACGAGAAUUGGCUAUGGGAGAUGGGAGCUGAACUACUGGCUGAAGGUGACUAUAAUGUAAUUGUUGUAGACUGGCAAAAGGGCGCAGCGGGAUUGUACGCUAAAGCGACCGCCAACGCCAGAUUGGUUGGCAAAGACAUACAGAACUUGUAUGGCGCAUUUGGGGAUGUUUACGGAGCCCUGAAGGUGAGCGCUAGCAGAUUCCACCUGAUUGGCUAUGCGAUGGGAGCCCACGUGGCUGGAUACGCCGGUGGACAGGGUCGGGGCAUCCGCUUCCUCGGACGAAUCACAGGGAUGGAUCCGACCGACCCUAGCUUCCAAUGGACGAACGCCUACAUCAGACUAGAUGAGUCCGACGCUUCGUUCGUUGACGUCAUCCACAGUGACAGCAAGGGCUGGAACGAGUACGUGCACUGUAACCACAGGCGCGCUCACGAUCUGUUCAUUGACUCUAUACGCAGCACAUGUCCCUACAGGGCGUUUGAGUGCGAAAGCCAGGAGCAGCUAGAGGCUGGGGAAUGCGAUACGAGCAACCCGAAGACGAGUGCGCGGAUUGGAAUGCACGCCGUUGACUCGAAGUCCUUGCUCAGCGGGCGAAAGAACGUUGCCAUGUUCAUCACGACAGGCGACAAGAACCCAUUCUGUUUGUAUCACCUUCAGUUUGAGGUGGCGAUCGCAUCAAACAACCCGAUUCCAGAGGAGGGCCGCAUGUACGUGCGAGUGACAAAUGAGCUCGGCAGCUCGGAGGAAUACGGCCUCGGCGAUCACAGGGUCGGAAGCUACGACUUGCUCACUCCUGGAAAGACGCACAGAUAUCUGGUGCAGACGGACAGGGACUGGAAAGCACUCAAUCAGUUAGAGUUCCGAUGGGAGUCGUCGAACUGGAUAGGCAAGAAGUACCUGCACAUCGACACCAUCAAGGUGACCUCCACCGACAGCAACACCAUGUCCAGAUUUUGUCUAAAUGGAUCCAAGUAUCAAUCAGUCAAGAAUUACAACUUCGCUCCAAGUUUGGAAUGUGCAGCGUAGCGAGCAUUCCGCGACUUUUUUGUGGCAGUAUUGCCUAGAUUUGUUUCGAGUGUGAUCUAUGUAUAUUUGUCAUAGUGAACUCCAAACUGUGGGAUUUUUGCUUCGUAAUCAAUAACUGUAAUCUGGAAAUUGUAUUAUAAAUUUCAAUGUAUUAAAUGAAGUCCAAUGAGUAACAA